AUGGACGAUUCGAAUCAUCAGGCUCAACUUGAUGAGAAGGUGGCCAUUGAGUCUAUCUACGGGGAAGAUGCUGUAUUUGGAAAGACUACUUGCGAGGUGUGGAACCCUCUCAACGUAACUGUUCAUCUUGAACCUCAGCAUACGGGCGACGACGACAGCAGGGUUUACGUAUCAUUGGAUCUCAACAUCAGAUGCGGGAAGAGAUACCCAACUAGAUCACCCGUACUUUCCGUGAUACGUUCAAGGGGCCUCUCGAACGCUCAGAUUGAGAACCUCUACUCAUUAUUGGAGGGCAGAUGCGAAGAGCUUGUCGGGAAUCCGAUGAUUAUGGAAAUAUGCGAGUUAGCGAGAACAUUCUUAUCCGAUAACAACAAACCUCCACAGGGCUCAUUUCAUGAGAUUAUGCUUAGAGAUAUGGAAAACCAGGACUUUCUUUUUAAAAUCGAAAAGGAGACAAGGGAAGCUCGCGAAAAGGAGGCUGUUGCAGAAGAACUGGAAAGGCAGAAGCUUGAGGCUGAGUUGAGAAGCGAACAGGGCAAUGAAAAGAAGGAUGUGAAUGUUGAAGGAAAGGAGAAACAGGUAAGUUCUAUUCCACUUAUCAACACCCGUUUCACACCCGUUAUCCCUACCGGAGCAAUACCACCACAGAUUUUACCUGCUGAAGUACGCGCCGCUAUCCAGACCAUGAAGGCAGCCACGGCUCCGGGAUCGGACCAUAUUUCAGCCGGCGGUGUAGCAGGUUUUUCCAAAGGCUUGUUCCAAAAGCAUCUAACGCCUCUCGCGCAUCUUGGCUCCACCUAUCGCUUCACCUAUUGCUCCCCUUCAAAAUGGGCUGUAGACGCUCAAUGCUGA